ACAUGAAUUCAAAUCAGUUGAAACAAUUCCAUUUAAAAUUCAAAUACGCGAUCUUCAAACCCACACAUUUUCUAGUUUAUUGAACUCCUUGUGGCGAUUUUUCGAUCAGUAUCGUGCCAAACAUUGCCAUGUUUGGUCUCCUUCUAAUCGUCGUAUUUUGCUCAAGGGCCUUAGCCCUAGACAACGGCCUGGCCCGCACCCCGCCCAUGGGCUGGAUGCACUGGCAGAGGUUCCGGUGUCUGGUCGACUGUGACGCCUACCCCGACGAGUGCAUCAGCGAAAAAUUGUUCAAAACGAUGGCCGACAAAAUGGCCUCAGAGGGGUACCUGGCGGCCGGCUACGAGUACCUCAUCAUCGACGACUGCUGGAUGGCCAAAAAUAGGGACGCACAGGGCCGGCUCCAGCCCAACGCGACCCGGUUUCCGAGCGGGAUUAAGGCCCUGUCCGACUAUGUGCACAGUAAGGGCCUCAAAUUCGGAAUUUACUCCGACUAUGGGACCAAGACCUGUGCUGGGUACCCAGGCAGUCACGGCCACCUCGAAACCGACGCCCAGACCUUCGCGGAAUGGGGCGUCGAUUACCUGAAACUUGAUGGUUGUUACGCCGAUUUGGACGACCUUGAACCUGGGUACAUCCAGAUGGGCAAGUUUUUGAACCAAACCGGACGACCCAUCGUCUACUCCUGCAGCUGGCCGGCCUACCAGGAGCCAAAAGGAGUAAAACCGAAUUACACAGCUUUGCGGGAAACUUGCAAUUUAUGGCGCAAUUGGGACGAUAUUGACGACACUUGGUCCAAUGUCACCAGCAUUUUGAAGUGGUUUAGUACGAAUCAGGACCGGAUCGCCGAAUUUUCGGGCCCGGGGCACUGGAACGACCCUGAUAUGCUCAUAAUUGGCAAUUUCGGGCUCAGUUAUGAGCAAAGUAAGGCCCAAAUGGCUUUGUGGGCCAUUUUGGCGGCACCCUUGAUUAUGUCGGUCGAUUUGAGGACGAUUGAGCCGAAAUUUCGCGAUGUUUUGUUACACCAGGAAGUGAUAAAAAUCAAUCAGGAUGCUUUAGGGAUCCAAGGGCGUUUAAUAACCACUAUUAACAAAAUUGAUAUUUGGACGAAACCGAUUUUGCCGAAAGGAGAUAAAGGGGCGCUUUCGUACGCUAUCGGUUUUUUGAGUAACCGAGUGGAUGGUUAUCCCUACAGAUUGAACGUGACUUUAGCCCAGUUGGGCAUAAAUCAGUCCGAAAAUUACAAAAUUCAGGACGUUUUUGACCCCAUGUCCGUAGAGGUGACCCAAAGCGAGAAAAUUUUCGUGAGGGUGAAACCCACAGGUGUCGUCCUCCUCACAGCCACGCCCAUCUCGGCCAAACAAUAAAAUGUAGCAAAACGAACAAAUAAAUAUUUUUUUGCAUUA